CGCCGAGGGUGAGAGCGGACACUGAUUGACUGACUGACUGACCGGGUAAACUCCCCCCCCGUGGGGGCGGCGGCGGCGGCGGCGGCGGCUCGGCGGUCGAGGGAAGGUUGCAGCGCACAGGUCGGGCCGGUGAGCGCUGAGUUGCCAAGGCACCUCUGUCUAUAUGUGUUGCACCAAAUGUUGGAAAAAUGACAGAUGACAGAGAUGUACUACGGGACGUUUGGUUUGGGAGAAUACCGACCUGCUUCACGCUGUCUCAGGAUGAAAUAACGGAGAGAGAGGUCGAACCUUACUAUCUGCUUCUACCAAGGGUCAGCUACCUAAUGCUCGUCACGGACAAAGUUAAAAAACACUUCCAGAAAGUUAUGAGGCAAGAGGAUGUGGGAGAGAUGUGGUUUGAAUAUGAAGGUGCACCUCUGAAGUGGCAUUAUCCCAUUGGCUUACUUUUCGAUCUGCAUGCAUCGAACGCUGCACUGCCGUGGAACGUUAUAGUUCACUUUAAGAAUUUUCCCGAAACUGAAAUACUUCAUUGCCUCACGAAAGACGCGGUCGAGGCUCAUUUUAUGUCUUCCAUUAAAGAAGCUGAUGCCUUAAAACACAAAAGUCAAGUCAUCAAUGAGAUGCAGAAAAAGGAUCACAAGCAGCUUUGGAUGGGCUUACAAAAUGAUAAAUUUGACCAGUUUUGGGCCAUCAAUCGAAAACUUAUGGAGUACCCGACAGAGGAAGGCGGAUUCCGGUACAUUCCAUUUCGGAUAUAUCAGCCUCUAAACGAGCGACCAUUCAUUCAGAAGCUUUUUCGUCCAGUCAGCACAGAAGGACAGGCCCUUUAUAUGAUCUCUCUCUCUCUCUCUCUCUCUCUCUCUCUCUCCGCCUAUUCCACUCUCCCCGUCUUUCCAUCUCUCCCUGUUAUCUUCCUCGUACAUUUCACCUCCUGCCCACCCCCAAUCCAACUCGCGAUCCUCAGUAUGUCACAAUGUCAAACGUACCACCGUAAACUCUAAAUAUUUCCAAUUAUUAUCAGGAUUAAAUCUAUGAGCCAUCCCACAUUUUGUACCCGUCAAAGUACGCCCAUAUGUACCAUCAAUCAUUUUUGUUUUGUCUAAUGGUUUGCAUUUUCGUGGUUACGAGCUCAACACACACUUGGUAUUUUUAAAGAUACUCACAAUGGCAUUUGUUUUGUAUGUAUAGAUAAUGGGAAGAAUUUCUUAACUGCUUUCAUUAGAUUGUAUACCCUUUUCAGGAAUGUCUUUUGUAUUGCAGGGUUUUUGGCACAAUCAUGUAUUUCAGGCAUAUUUCGUCUUCUAAAUAAAAGCCACUAUUAAUAUUUUGAACAUGCAGAUGACUGAGGUAUUCUCUGAUCAACAAACUCUUUUCCCACGCCCCUCCCAAUGGUUUUGACGUGACGUUCAGGAGAUGGGUUGGCAUCGCUUAAUAAAGACAGAUUAGGAUUCACCUUAAUGAUGUUUCCCAAAGCAUUAUCCAACUCUUGUGGCCAAAAACUGUAGUGAUUUUUGAGUGGGUGAGGGGUAUAUCGAGGGUGGGAAUUAUAUGGAACGAUCUUCGUUAAAUUAGGAUUGCAUAUCUCAAAUGCCAAGAACUGCACUAAUAGACAAUAGGCAAUAGGUGCAGGAGUAGGCCAUUCGGCCCUUCGAGCCAUUCAAUGUGAUCAUGGCUGAUCAUCCACAAUCAGUACCCCGUUCCUGCCUUCUCCCCAUAUCCCCUGACUCCGCUAUCUUUAAGAGCCCUAUCCAGCUCUCUCUUGAAAGCACCCAGAGAACCUGCCUCCACCGCCCUCUGAGGCAGAGAAUUCCACAGACGCACCACUCUCUGAGAAAAAGUGUUUCCUCGUCUCCGUUCUUAUUCUUAAACUGUGUGGCCCCUGGUUCUGGACUCCCCCAACAUCGGGAACAUGUUUCCUGCCUCUAGCGUGUCCAAACCCUUAACAAUUUUAGAUGUUCUACCAUCAUACAAUCUAACUAUUCACUUAUGCUGUGUCAUGAAAAAUACCUACCAUAACUUGCUUGCAGUAACUCUUAAACAUUUGUGACUUUAUUCUGGGCAUUGCCUAGAUGGCCACGGCUGAAGAAGGAGGGGUCUCGACCCAAAACGUCACCUAUUCCUUUUCUCCAGAGAUGCUGUCUGACCCGCUGAGUUACUCCAGCUUUUUUGUGUCUGUAUCUUCUGUCUGUGGAGAAACUUAAAAUGACAAGCAAUUGAAAAAUCUUGCCUUCAGAAGCCUGGUGUAUAAUUGAUGACAACUAACAUGUUUUCCAUCAAUUCCACGAGACAAAAAUCGGCUUAUACGUAUUACCUGAACUAAUUACAAUAAACGAUCGCUAUCCGAAUAUUUCCUUAUUUCAUAGAGUGAUACAGCGUGGAAACAGGCCCUCCAACCCAACGCCCACACUAGCCAACAUGUCCCUCCUGCCAGCAUUUGGCCCAUAUCCCUCCAAACCUGUCCUAUCCAUGUACCUGUCUACCUGUGAAACGAUGGGAUAGUCCCUGCCUCAACUACCUCCUCUGGCAGCUCAUCCCAUCCCAUAUGCCCACCACCUUUUCUGUGAAAAAAGUUACCUCUCAGAUUCCUAUUAAAUCUUUCCCCCUUCACCUUAAACAUAUGUCCUCUGGUGCUCGAUUCGGAGGACAUAGGUUUAUGCAUCUACCCGACCCAUUCCCCUCGUGAUUUCACACACCUCCAUAAUAUCACCCCCUCAUCCUCCUGGUGUUGUUUCUAAUGGCCCUGCCCCACUGUACGAGCUCAUUCAAGAGCUCUCCCGAGUUUUUAAAAAAAUCAAACUCGUGGUAAGUACGUAGAAUGUACGUAGCGGGUACAUCGGAGCUCGGGGACGUCUCUUAGCGGCUCGUAACGCUAACGGCAGGUACUCAGGAAAUGCGGUAUGCCCGUGAAGAUUUUUCAACAUGUUGAAAAAUGUCCACGAGAGCCCCGAGUACCUACGAGCGGCCAUUACCGUAAUUCUCCGAGUUCGAAUCAGGGCAAACUCGGGAGAACUCUUGAAUGAACUCGUACAGUGGGACAGGGCCAUUACACAGGAAAGAUUUAUAAUUUGCAAAUACAAUUGGGCUUUAAACCAAGAGGAUGAAGGAUUAAAAUGCAGCAUCACUGAAGAGAGACCAUUUUACCACGAGGACGAGAAACUUGCUUGACAGAGCUUUUGAAACCAAUUUGAGAAGGUUGAAAAUGAUCAAUAACUAGUGCAAAUUCACUUGCAUGGUUUUUUUCCCACUGUUGUCAUUUGCCACUCAUCAGGACAGUGAAAAUGCUGUCUUCCAAAAGACAUAGUAAUCCUCACACAUGACCUUUUAACACGUGGUCAUCCAAGUCUGCAUUCCUUUACAUAGAAACAUAGAAAAUAGGUGCAGGAGUAGGCCAUUCGGCCCCUCGAGCCUGCACCGCCAUUCAAUAUGAUCAUGGCCGAUCAUCCAACUCAGUAUCCUGUACCUGCUUUCUCUCCAUACCCCCUGAUCCCUUUAGCCACAAGGGCCACAUCUUAAAUAUAGCCAAUGAACUGGCCUCAACCACCUUCUGUGGCAGUGAAUUCCACAGAUUCACCACUCUCUGUGUGUGAAAAAUGUUUUUCUCAUCUCGGCCCUAAAAGAUUUCCCCCUUAUCCUUAAACUGUGACCCCUUGUUCUGGGCUUCCCCAACAUCGGGAACAACCUUCCUGCAUCUAGCCUGUCCAACCCCUUAAGAAUUUUGUAAGUUUCUAUAAGAUCCCCCCUCAAUCUUCUAAAUUCUAGCGAGUACAAGCCGUUUUGCCUUUGAUGAACGGAUAGCCUGUCUUCACUGAAGCAUGUUUGCUGGUACUUUCCUUAACAUCAUCUAUCCUUUGCUUCACGGCACUAGAAAACCUUGUGUCUAAAUUGGAAUGGAUGAUGGCACAAUGGGCGUUUUAAUUUGCCAUGAUCAAACAUUUGUAAUAAAGAUUGUUUAAAGGCUUAUUAAUAAACUGAAUGAAAAUUAACAGCUCCUACUUUGCUGGGCGCCAAAUCUCUUUUAUGGAUGUGAACUAGCAUAGUUUGUUACUGUUACCCCCCUGUAUACCGAAAAUACUACAGGCAAUAUGUUUGCUUGCUUAAUGCCACUGUUCAAGGUUCGGAAUGCUAGCCUGCCUGUUAUACAAAUUCAAACAGCGAAAGUCUCCUUCUGAUGUGCGGGAGGGAACUGCAGAUGCUGGUUUAAACCGAAGAUAGACGCAAAAAGCUGGAGUCACUCAGCGGGGACAGGCAGCAUCUCUGGAGAGAAGGGAUGAGUGACGUUUCGGGUCGAGACCCUUCUUC